AUGUCUCGAGCCGACUUUGAACCAGAACGGAUUUGGGGAGACGAUGCGGAGACGACCGUAUUCGCCCAAGGAUAUGGGUUAGGCCACACGGCCAUGUUCAGCUUCACCCUAGACCCGUCGAAGCCUCCGACAGCAAUGUUGAACCGCAUCUGUACUAGGUUCCACGCCUUGGAGACCAGUACGGAGGCGGGCACUUUUCCGAAUGCUGAUAUAAUGCGCCAGGCAUUGUGGAAGGCUGUCGAAGUCGUCUGGCUGCAGUGUCUAGCAGGCCCCAGGAUCGACGACGUUGGUGCUAUGGUCGACUCUCACGACGACACUUGGGUGGAAAGUGCCACACGUGUCCGCUUCCGCGAUGGCCCAACGGGCUUGCACGUCUUCAAGGGCAUGGAUUUCCGAGCCUACCUGACCCACUGCGACGACGAAGGCGACAAGAACGCUCGGCACAUGAUCGACUGCUAG